AUGGCUUCCAGCUCUCGUUCUUCCCAACCAAAGGUGAUAGUGGGCUUAGAUUUUGGGACUACAUUUUCCGGCUUCUCGUUCGCGCAUCGCUCUGAUCCGGAUGAUGUGCAAAGCUUCUACGACUGGCCAGAUGCCGGCAGGCCAUACUGCAAGACGCAGACCAGCUUGUUCUACUCUCCAGCGGGAGAGCUUCUUGCUUGGGGAUGGAGCGCGCUCAAAGCCUACUCGGAAGCUCUCCAGGUUUCCUCCAGCACUGGCCAAGGCGAGGUGGGUCUCCUAGUGUCCAAGUUCAAGCCCAUUCUCGAAGAUGGCGAGCUCGCGAAGAGUAUGCUGGAGGUUCUUCCGGGUUGGGCGACUGCGGAAAAGCUCAUAGUGGAUUAUCUCGGUUGCAUCUCCGAGUUUAUUGGAGGGCAUCUCCGGCAAAAGUAUGGCUCGUGCCUGCUCCGAGAAGAGGUUGCCUGGUGUCUCUCCGUGCCUGCGAUCUGGAGCGAUGCGUCCAAACGCAAGAUGGAGAUUUAUGCAGAGAAGGCAGGGAUCGUGAAGGGGAAGCAUUGCUCCAGCUCCGAGGCGAGUUCAUUCCCUCUCAAGAUAGUUCUCGAGCCAGAGGCAGCGUCGUUUUACUGCCAGAAGCAGCUCAAAGACACGGCAAUCCUGUGCAAUGGUGACAAGUUUCUCACCGUGGAUGUUGGUGGUGGGACGAUCGACUUGGUGGUGCACGAGAAAGUCGAGGGUGGAUCAUCAUACGAGGUGCGUGAGGUUUCAGCCAGUUCCGGGGAGCUGGGAGGAGGGACGUACGUCGACAAAAACUUCCUGGGCUUGCUCAAAAGAAAGAUUGGGUGCUUAGAGAGCUUUGACGAUCCAGAGACGCUUCACAAGAUCACACGGUGGUGGCUGGGGUCUCUUGGAAAGAGUAGCUUCGAUGGAACGGGUUUCAAACUAUAUGAGCUGCCGCGGAAGCUCUCAAAGGCAUGGAAGAAGUUUGAUGAGCAGCUGGGAUGCGCAGAGGGUCAUGACGAGGAGUACUACGAGGAGAUCAAGCUCAGCGAAGAAGAGCUGAGGGGCAUCUUUGACACCGAGAUCGAAAAAGUUGCAGCUCUCAUCGACAAGCAGCUCUCUCAUUGUCGUGACACGAUGAUCCAGCACGUCUUUCUGGUUGGCGGAUUUGCUGAGAGUCCUUACCUCGUGAAAAAGAUCACUGAGAAGUACAACUCGAGUAACGCUGGCGUAACGAGAGAGGUGAUCGCUCCUCCAUCUCCAGGUGCUGCCAUAUGCAAAGGCGCAGUGGCACUCGGAUUUGGCACCGCUGCCGUUGUCUCGAGAAUCUCCAAGAAAUGGUAUGGCUUGAGGACCGCGCAGAGGUUUCAGGAGGGUGAUCGGGAGGAGUACAAGUUCGUGAAUGAUGAAGGAGCUGAUAUGUGCGAUAAAAAGUUCCAGAUAUUUGUGAAGAACGGGGAAUCUAUUGCAGAGGACACAUUCGUCUCUGAAAGGAACUUAGGUCCGUCAUUCGCGAAGCAGAGAUCAAUGACGAUAGAGUUAUUCAGUUCGAGUGGCGAAAUUGCUCCAAGCUACGUCACUGAUCCGGGCUGCAAGAGGCUGGGGAAGUACAUCUUUGACAUAAGCGAAAACAUGGAGCUUGGGAACAAGCGGAGUGUUUUCGUGUCAAUGUAUUUUGGAAGGUCGACCAUCCAAGUGUUUGCGCAGCGGAUCAACUUUGGAAAGAACCGACAGCCUGAGAAGCUCUACUGCGUUGAUCUGAGUGGGUCCUCCAUAGGCAGGAAGAGGAAAUCGAGAAUAUAG